GUAUGUUUAAUAAUUAACAUUUGUUAAAGUGCUGGCAACAUUUUAAACUCAGUGCGUCACAGAAAUUGUAGAAAUAUUUUAUUUUCAUUAAGAGCCGCUACGUUGACAAAUUUAUGUUAUAAUGGCAGACAAAAGGAAAACUAAAAAACGAAAAGAGGAAUUCGGUGAACCCUCUGAAUCUGAGAAGCCCACAAGCGAGGAGUACGCCGUCGCUAAAUGGCUAAAGGCGAACGUACCCACGAAGAAGACAAAGUUCCUUAAUCAUCACGUAGAAUACUUCACAGGCACAAGAGCAGUGGACGCGUUAUUGACAUCAAAAUGGGCGACUGGCAAGAACCCCAUUUUCACUACCAGACACGACAUCACAGACUUCCUUCACCUAAUGCUCUUACACAAACUCUUCCACAGAGCUAAAAAGGUGCCAGUGACAGAGCAGGAGCUUAAAGGAAAAUCGAGGAAGAAAGAUGUCGAAAAGACGAGUAAGAGUGGGGAUGAACAAGACGAGAAGAAUCAGAGUGCUUGUGAGGGAAAAGAAACCAAAGACAAAGACGGCAAAGAUAAGGACAAAGAGAAGAAAAAGAGGAAGAUCCGUCUGGAGAUGCACAUGGAGCAAGUUUUCUUAGACACUAAUGACGCGUACGUCUGGCUCUACGACCCCAUGCCCUGGUACUAUUGGCUAUGUGGAGCAUUGCUGCUAGUGGGCACUGUAGGGGUCUGCAUGUUCCCGCUAUGGCCGGCCACUGUUAGGAAGGGUGUGUACUAUCUGAGUAUAGCGGCGGCUGGUUUCCUGGUACUGAUCAUAGCGUUGGCUGUACUCAGAGUGGUAGUGUUUUGUACUGUUUGGGUCGCAACACUCGCUAGACAUCAUCUCUGGUUACUUCCAAAUCUGACUGAAGACGUUGGAUUCUUUGCCUCAUUCUGGCCGCUGUAUAAGUACGAAUAUCGCGGUCCCGGUUCGGAGAGCGAUAAAUCGUCUAAAAGCAAGAAGAAACGCAAGAAAGAAAAACAUUCAGACGACGAGGAGGAAAAGACAGCUCUCAUGAAGGAAUCGGAGGCAAAGGAAGUUAAAGAGAAAAAAGUAGUCUCUGAAACGGCCGACACUACAGACAAUAAGUAUGGAGUCAACGAAAAGGAGGAACCACCGCAGCCUGAAACAUCGGAACAAACGGACAAACUGUCGGAAUCAGAAUCUGAAAACAGCCAGAGGUCAUCGACCGACAGAGACUUCGAGAUGAUAGAUACAGCUGAUGUAGACGAACAUGCACACACACACUAACGCAAACACAUACACUCUAAUAAACACACACUUGUACUAACAUAACACAAGCGAUGCGCAGGCGCACGCACACUAGCGACACUAUUAAAAUAUAUAAAAAAGUGUGUUAGUGCACUCACACUUACACACACGUGUAUGUGUGUGUGACUAUUAAGUAUGUGUUUUUGUCGUCAUCGUCAUUAUUAGUGAAAUGCACACAACUUUAUAUACAUGUGUGUGUGAACGAUAGUGUGUUCACUAUGAUACAUAUGUGUUUUAUAUUUUGGGACAGCUGAUAAUGUUCUAGCACUAUUAUAUAUAUGUAUUUUGAUUUACAUUUUUAUGUUUCCGACGUCUAUGAUUUUAUUUGUAUUAAGAUUAUAUUUUUUUUAAUAAAAAUAAAAUCGUCUGUAACCUUCUAUAUCAUUAACAAUCUGUUUUCCUUUUUCAAAUAAAAUGCAUUUAAUUUAUAUUAAAAAAAAAAAAAAUUGUUCUGUGGACCAAUUUUAUUUCGCCUAUAUAUUUUUAAGAUCGACUAUUAGGAAUGUAUUUUAUCGCCUGUCCCAUUUUAUUGAUAUGAACCGAAAUUUUCACGGAUCGUAAUUGUCAAAACAUUGAACCGUGUACAUUACAGACGAAAAUAAUUAUCGUAAAAAUUAAAUAGACUAUAAAAUUAGUGACAUUAUUUAAAUAUAGCAAAAAUUAAAUAAGUAUUUAUUAAAUCAUUUUGCACAUUUUUUCGAUUCGAUGAUUGUUGCUUUUGGUUGAAAUGAAAAUUUUAUAUUUUUUUAUUUAUUUUUUGUUUUGGCCUUUCUAUUUUAAGGCCUACGGUUCGAUCGAAAAUAGACUUUAAUACACAUGCAUAAUAUUCAUUUCGGCAUUUCAGCUUGUCAAUUAAGACAUUAGCAAUGUUAAAUAAUACUUUUUGAACUAGCAAAUAAAUGGUAUUGUAAAUAAGCUCUCGUUACAAGAUCCUGUUCACAAAUGACGAUGUAUGAUAAUCAAAUAAAAUAUAUAACAUUCA